AUCGACGCAUUAUCAAUUUAUCACUCGAACCUUAGUCCGCUGCACAGAUAUAUCUGUGGUCCGCUGUGAUGCCAUUAGCCAUGAUCCAUGGCGCGUCAGUCGUGGUCCGUGGAUCACAUCGUUGUCGUCGGCUCGUCGCCUGUCGGAUACGUAUUCGCGUCACCACGACGACCUGUUGUUGUGAUAGUCACAUAUAGAAUUAUAUAUAUUAUAAGUAUUAGAUCAUAUAGGUAUAUCGUAUAUCUAAGUGUAAAGUUAUAACUUAAAAUUUAUAUUAUCACAGAAUAUUAAUCAGAUGGGUAGCCGGCCCACGACAACGCACUCUGACGGCCGAGCCGCACCACCACUUACGACACUUGUGUCACGCCUUAAAACCGUAGUACAGGAGUCGGUUCGGUCAUACGGCUGUCUGGAUCGUUUACACCGAGUUACCGAGAUAACGGUCAACGGGAACGGAUCCACCGCCGCCGCUGCGAUUUUUUUUCCCCGGCGUUAGUACCAAAGUGUGAUUGUCGUAAAGGGUUACUUCACUUCUUUCCACUGUUAACACUUUGCCACUGGUCAUCUGGAACGGCGCCUAAGCCGGUUAGCUGCAUCGGACUGAAUUCGCGACUGGAACAUCAGUGUUAUUGAAGCCUUUUUACAUGGUAAUGACAGAUCCUGUCCGUACGUGCUGAGAUACCGGUCGAUACCUCGACGAUACAUUUUUGUCUGACACGACCUGAAGUGGCCGUCAUGCCUAAGUCACUAAGACUCGAGAGAUGUCUGCCAUCGACAUCGUCUGCGUCUGGUAUACUGUUGCCCGACCACUAUGUCGAGAAUGAUCCAAUCAUACAAACAAUUCUUGAGGCCAAGGCAUCGGAAUGCAAAUUGUCCAGGCAUGAGAAACUUGUGAAGUUAUCCAGUAAAUCCUCCUGUCAGGUUUCAACUUGCCAAUGUAAUGGAUGGCGAGGUAGACGUGAUAAUCGUUUAAUGUCUUCAACUUGCACAAAAUCUGGCUGUAGUCAUCCUCUAUCUUCUCAUGUAUCACAUUUAGAAAGUGCCAAGGAUGAACAGUUAAAUACCUUACUAGGAUUAGUAUUUGAUCUCGAUAAUUUAUCAGUCACUGUAAAUAAAGAUUUGAAAAAACCAAAUAUUGAGAGAAAUUAUGUGCAAGAAGACACUUAUGGUGCAGUUUAUCAUGAAUUACGGAACUUUGUGUACCCUGGAUCUUGUAUCACACUCGAAAAAUUAUUUGGUACUCCGCCAUUUGAAAAUCCAAAUAUAGUUAAAGCUUUAAUGAACUUUAAUAUGUAUAAGUUUGGCCAUGACAGCUCUCAACUCAAAAUUGCUUUAAAAAUUAGUAAAUUUUUAACAAAACAUUUUGAUCUUUGGAAAUGGAUUUCUCCUAAAGAAUUACCGCAUUGCAAAACAUUUCAACAUAGGAAAAACUAUGAAUUCUAUUAUCAAAGAUACUUAGUGUUUUGUCUACUUCCCAAAUAUCUUCAUUCAAUUGCACCAAGCUUUAAAAUGAGCUUGAUAUUUGGUCAAGACAUACUUAAAUACACACUUAAAGCAUUUAGAAUGCAUUUAACAGACUGGUGUCAUGCAUCAGCUCCAAAAUGGUCAAAUCAUAGAAAACACUUUUGCAUGAGCUACUUACCUAAAUAUAUGAAUCUAUUAGAAGAAGAAGUAUAUGCUGUUCAUUCACCUAUAUGGGAUUUGCAUUUUAAAGAUUCUGAUUUAAAAAAAAUCAUUUUAACUGAUUCUCUGGACUCCGGACUAGACGAAACUAAGGAAGCAGAACAUAAAGAUCGUAGAAAAAAAGAUAAACAUCCAAAUGAAGAUAUGUCAAUGAAACCAAAUGAAAAACAUACUAUUGAAGAUGCUUUAUCAGAAGACAAAAUUAUAGACAUUCUAAAAAAUGUUCAAAGUGGGCCUAUCACUUACUCAAAGGAGUUUGGAUUAGAAACUGGACCUCGGGGACAUCAAGCUCGAACAGAAGAAGAGCAUGGAAUUAUACGCUUUGUGGUUAUAGGUAAUUCAUUAGAUUCGAGGGUCGAAAAAAGUACUAUGUUGUGGCUUAUGCAAUUAAGAAAUUUGUUUCGAACUCAAUUGCCAAGAAUGCCAGUUAGAUACAUUACUCGAUUAGUAUUUGAUACGAAACACAAGACAUUAGCUUUGUUGAAAGACGGUGUUCCAAUUGGAGGCAUAUGUUUUUGUCCAUUUGUCUCUCAAGGUUUCACAGAAAUAGUGUUCUGUGCCGUUAAAGUUGAUCAACAAGAAAAUGGAUAUGGAACACAACUAAUGAAUCAUUUAAAAGAUUAUCAUAUUCAACAUAACAUUCUUAAUUUUCUUACUUAUGCCGAUAAACUUGCAAUUGAAUAUUUUAAGAAGCAAGGAUUUAGCCAAGAUGUGAGAAUAUCAAAGAAAAUACAUCAAGAAUAUAUUAAACAUUAUCAGGGUGCAAUAUUGAUGCAUUGUGAACUGAAUCCAAAAAUUAUUUAUACGCAAUUAACAUCAGUAAUACGUAUACAAAAAGAAAUAGUUAAGAGUCUGGUGGAAGAAAAACACAUGAAAAUAGAAAGACAUUAUCCAGGACUAACAUGUUUCUUAGACGGUGUACGCAUGGUCACAAUUGAAUCAAUACCUGGUGUAAUGGAUACUGGUUGGACACCUUCAACACGGGCAACAAGAAAUAGUCGUGUUACAGAAGAAACAACAGAUAUUGAUGUCUUAGCUAAACACCUAAAAAAAGUUUUGCAAUUUGUAAAAAACAAUGCAUUGUCUGAACCAUUUUUGAAUCCAGUUGAUAAAAAAGUUCCUGGUUACUACGAGCUUAUAAAGUAUCCUAUGGAUUUGAGUACCAUUGGUAAGCGAUUGGCUUCAGGCUACUAUGUUACUAGAAAGUUGUUUAUUGCUGACAUGAGACGAAUGUUUAGCAAUUGCAAAACAUUUAACCCAGAGGAUUCUUAUUGGGCAAAUUGUGCAGUUGAAUUGGAAAGACUUUUCCAGAUAAAAAUGAAAGAAAUGGGACUCUGGGAUUACUAAAUUUAGUUACAUUUAUAUAUUUUUGUAUUUAAUUUAAAAAAUAUGUGCGAUUGUAAAACCUUUUUAGUAGAUUAUUUAUAAAAAUAAAUCAUACAUAAAGGUAAAUUUUAUUUUGAUGUUCGGGUUUAAUAUGUUAAUUUAUGAUUUUUACUAUUAGAAAAUAAAAUCAAUUAACAGAGUAUUGUUUUUAUUGUAUUACAUUAAUAUAAUAGUAGUUUUAUAAUUAUGACAAUUAUUGUAUAUUAUUUAAAAGAAUUUGUAUAGGAAUUAGUUGACAUAUUUAAUAUCAGUAAUUUGAGAAGGAAUAUGUAUAGAAAUAAUCCAAUGUUUAAGUUACACUAAAAUUAUAAUUUUUUACCACAUUUGUAAUUCUAUGCAUUCUACUAAUUUAUUAAUGACAAAAUAAUUAUUUUUAAGUGUGGGACACUGUGACAUAUUUUGUUCAUCUGAUGUUUAACAACCAAUGUUUAUCCCUAAACACUUGGCUAAUUUAAAUUUUGUAGGAUCACCAAUGUACUAUAGGUUAGUAAAUAUUUGAUAAACUAAAUUGUUAAUUUGAUAUAUUGCACAAAAUACAAUACAUUUAUAUUUGCUUUUCAA